AUGGCUGAGCCCGAAGUCCACCACCUGUUCCACAGCCCAAUCGCCGACCAUUCUUUCUCAGCCGACCAUAGCACCCUUGCCGUCGCCCGAGACUCGACGGUUGAGUUGUACGGAAGAGUGGGCAACGCGUUCAAGCUUAAGGAUGAAUUGAAGGGCCACGAUAAAACCGUCACCAGCGUGGACAUUGCUCCCGGUUCCGGUCGCAUUGUUACCUGCUCCCAGGACCGUAAUGCCCUUGUAUGGGAACCCUCUCCUACGGGCUACAAGCCCACCUUGGUGCUUCUCCGAAUAAGCAGAGCCGCCACCUUUGUCCGAUGGUCGCCGUCUGAAUCCAAGUUUGCCGUCGGGUCUGGUGAUCGCGUCAUCGCCGUCUGCUACUUCGAGGAGGAAAACGACUGGUGGGUGUCGAAGCACCUGAAGAAGCCGAUCCGCAGCACCAUCACCAGUGUUGCAUGGCACCCCAACUCGGUUCUCCUCGCCGCUGGCUCGACUGAUGCCCACGCACGAGUUUUCUCAAGCUUCAUCAAGGGAGUUGACUCAAAGCCCGACCCGGGGGUUUGGGGUGAGCGAUUACCGUUCAACACCGUCUGCGGAGAAUUUUUGAACAACUCCGCUGGGUGGGUGCAUUCUAUCGCCUUUUCUCCUAGCGGAGACAGUCUUGCCUUUGCCGCCCAUGACAGCAGCAUCACCGUGGUGUACCCCACGGGUCCCGAUCAGUCCCCUCGCGCCGUACUCGCCGUGUCGACGCAGCUGCUACCUUUCAAGAGCUUGAUGUGGAAGAGCGAGGACGAGAUCAUCGCCGCGGGGUAUGACUGUGAGGCUUUUCGUUUCAAGGGAGGCGAAUCGGGUUGGCAACUUGCUGGCCCAGUAGAAUCCAAAGGUCGUGAUGCUGGUUCACAAAGAGAAGAGUCUGCGCUGAACAUGUUCAGACAGAUGGACCUGAAGGGCAAGGUCAAAGAUGACACUCAGCUCAAAACCAUACACCAAAACACCAUUCUGACUAUACGCCCAUUCGAAUCCUCCGGUGGUCAGGUCACCAAGUUCACAUCGAGCGGCGUAGACGGACGUGUUGUUAUUUGGAACGCAUAG